AUCAAGAAAAGCGAGUUCCACCGACGACAUAUGCAAGACCAUCCAUCUAUAUAUAUGUUCUAUUAUCAACAUUAAUUAUUAUAAGUAGUUAAGAAAUGGGGAAUUGCUUGUUUGGAGGAAAUGAAGAUAUGAUGGUGAAAGUAGUAACAUCCACGGGUGGAAUCAUGGAAUUCGUUGCUCCCGUUACAGUGGAAUUCAUUGCAGAAGAAUUUCCGGGGCAUGGAAUAUUUAGAAGCCAUGAUCUUUUCUGGAAGCCACUACCAGCAGCACAAGUACUAUUAGCAGGAGACUCAUAUUAUCUACUGCCGCUCAACAAACAAGAGAGCAGUAAUAUUAAUAUAGAAAUAGGACAUGUAAGAUCAAACAGCGUUCCUCAAAUUCAAAAUCUACCCUAUAGAAUGUCUUUCGAUAGCCAGGGAAGGUCAGAAGCAUUGUAUCGCUACAACAACAGUAAUAGCAAGAAGAAGAAGAGGAGCCGUUUUUGGAAAGUGAAAUUGGUCAUAACUCCCAAACAACUAUUGGAGAUUUUGUCACAAGAGACUACAACACAAGAGUUCAUUGAGAAUGUCACAACUGUUGCUAAAUGCGGCAAAACUGGAUUUUCCGAUUCCUGGAGUCUUUCUAGUAGUAGAAACACCACUUCUCAUGCUUUAUUUUCCUUAGAGUAAGAGCGAGAAUUCAUCUUUUAAUUUGUACCUAAUAUUUGUACGUGUUGAUUGUCUACUCUCUUCUCUCUCUGUAACAAUAUCAAUUAAUAUGCAUAUAUUAUGUAUCAACCCAUGUUUCAUCAUUA